AAAAUGGCGGAGAUUUAUAGGUGUGCGGUGGGACCACAGUUAUAUCGGAUUUUUACGAAAAAUAGUCGACAAAGUAGACCGUACGAGGGGAAUACCUUGGAGCAAUGUGGCUCAGGAGUUUUACGAGCGUUGUCAUUAGCAUGGUCAGUUUGUUACUCUACUUCCUUGUUAACUGCACCUGCCAUAGGAUUUUAUCUCGUUAGGAAAGGUCUGUUGAGUCAUGCAGGUUUGGCAAGCUUGUCUAGGUUCAUUGGUACAGGACUUAUGGUUGUGUUUGGAGCAUUGUGCAUAAGAGGAUAUGGACGAUUUAAAAAUCAGGACUAUAGAGUAUUCUUAGCUCUUUUAGAAGAAACAAGAAUGAAUAACAAUGAGGAAAACAAGAAAAGACUUGGGUUGUAUGACUUCAGUUUUGAAGCUUGGCCUGUUGAUUACAAAUGGAAUGAAUCCAAAGCUGAUCAAGAUGUACACAGGGAAGCCAAGAAUACCACCUCUCAAAGCAGGUCUUCAAGAUUUUUAUCCUUUCUUGGAUCAUGGCCUUGUGACUUUCUCAGGUAUUUUGUGGCACACUCAGUUGGUCGCCCCUUGAUCUACCCUGGAUCCACUGGUCUUCUUCAAAGUGGAUAUGCUGAACCUUUGAUGAAUGGGAGGCAGUUUUUGAUUGAACGUAGUGGCAAGAGAGCAAAACUGGAAGCAGCAGAUGGAAAUGAGAUUGAUACCAUGUUCAUGGACAAGAGAUCAAGUGGGGAACAUGGAGUUCAUGGGGAUACUUUGGUUAUAACAUGUGAAGGGAAUGCAGGCUUUUAUGAAGUUGGUCUGAUGAUGACUCCUUAUAAAGCUGGAUAUUCAGUUUUAGGAUGGAAUCAUCCUGGUUUUUCUGGGAGCAGUGGUGUGCCAGGACCAGAAUCUGAGAGAAAUGCUAUAGAUGUUGUGAUACAAUAUGCUGUUGAAGUGCUAGGCUUCUCAGUUUCUAACAUUGUUAUAUAUGCAUGGUCAAUAGGGGGUUAUCCAGCAGUUUGGGCAGGAAGAACUCACCCUAAGAUUGGUGCUUUGGUUUUAGAUGCAACAUUUGAUGACAUUGUUCCACUUGCUCAGUGCAAGAUGCCUGAAAGCAUAAGUGGUUUUACGACAAGGGUUGUAAAGGAAUAUUUUCAUCUUGACAUUGCUCGUAUGUUAUACAGCUAUCCAGGCCCGGUGCUGUUCAUCAGAAGAAUGAGAGAUGAGAUCAUCACAACUGAGGAAGGAGAUAUCAGUUCAAACCGUGGAAAUGAUCUCCUGGUGAAGUUUCUCAAAUUCAGAUAUCCAAAGUUAGUUGAUGACAAUGGUGAAGACGCAUUAUAUGAAUAUCUCGCCGCCCCUGAUCAAGCCACCAAGAAAGCUAUUUGGGAUAGCCUGAGUGUCGAGGCCAAUUUAUGCGAGUCAAUGUACAAGAAUUAUGUGAAAGAAAACGGAAAGGAAUAUCCCAUGAUGAUUGGUCAAGAUCUGUCAGUGGAACAACGGAUUCAUCUACUGAUGUUUCUAGUUUUGCAGUAUUUGAUGGACUUUGAUGCCACACACUGUAUGAAUUUGCCAGCUUCAGAGUUUCGCCAACCCUGGAAUGAGUAGCGAUAUUCAUUUACGUUCUGCGGGAAAUCUUGACAACGCUGAAACGAUCUUUUUCAUUAGUGUAGACUGUUUGUGUAGGAUUUAUGAGGUAUAGAUAUCUACGUGAGUCUGAUUAAUCCUCUAACCCGAGUAACGGUCUGUUCAUAGCUAGCAGGGUCAAGAGGUUCUUAUGAAAAGUAAAAGAAAAAGAUUAGCUUACUUGAUCUCAAUCCAUCUUUUUAUCCACAUGCUACGAAGGUGUACGGGUGAAUAAUUUAUGAUAUCAUGAAUUAACUAGAUUGUUGUUUUGCUACAAGAAAGAAACUUUUAGUACUUAAGCCAUCCACCCGAGCCUGUGACCAAUAAAUAACUUUUCCUUUCGAUAUUAACUCAUUGUUAGACAGUUAAGUACAAAAAAAGGAAACAAAAGUGUUAACUAUAAGAGACAAAAGUUUUAUUUAACAUCAAAUUCCCAUAAGUGAAAUUUUAAGAAAUACAUGGCAAGUAGGGAGAAUUGUUUGGGAUCGUUAGAGCCAAUGAAUCAAGCCAUAAUGCAUUGUUGUUAUUAUUACCAGUUUUAAUUUGCGUUGUCUUUAGCCAUCUAUAUUGUGUUUCUUUGCUGCGUUUACUUGCGUAUUUGUUUUUUUUUCGACCUGGGCUGGGGAUGAACAUUACCUCCAUUCUGAGGUUCUUUGAAAUCAAGAGAUUAAGAAAAGUUUAGCAUCUCUUGGUUCAAUAUGUAAGCAUUUUAUAAAUCUUGGUCCAAACCCAAAUUUUCGUAUUCAUUUUUACAGCCGCGUUAAGUGGUUCAUGUGGUACUGUAUGCUGAGUAUGAUACCCACUGAUUAGACUGUACAGGAUAUUAAGAUCGAAAAUAAUCAGAACAAAGGUUUCAUUUACACUAUUGAAAGCCAAAUGUUAAACCAGUAAAUGAAAGAAAUGGCUUGACGCUGUUGUUUUGGUGGUAUCAACUACUUAUUUUAAGUUCAUUUCAAACGUGGCGCAAAGUUAGGGCUUUUUUCGGUGAAUUCCGUGAUAAAAUUUUUGUUCCUUCGCGAGAAAAAAAUUCCAUAUCGUUACUUCUAUUAAAUAUGCUGUGUAAUAGUUUAACUGACAGGAUAUCAGUUCAGAAAGACCCGGUUUCAGUUAGGUUUAUCGUAUCGUUAUUGUAAUUAUACUCCCGUGAUUUUAUGAGAAUAUCAUACUAUCUUAGGGUGACGUGUUAUUAAUUGUUGCUUCAUUGAGACGAAACUAUUUAAUGCAAGUUUUUAAAUGUAUUUAGUGUUAUUUGACGUAAGGUGGUUUUGAAUUAAUUUGUGGCAGAUAUGCAAAGUGUGAAAGCUUUCCGCGGUAGUAAUGGUUGUAAAAGGUGUGUUUAUUCACCGUGGUUGUAAUGAUAAACGAAUUCAAAGUAUA